AUGCCGUCCUCAGCCAUGGAGAAGUUUCUGCGCGACUGGCGGCAGGAUGCCCUCAACAAGGCGCAGCACGACUCGGCCAUCUUUAUCGGCGACAAGCUGCUCGCCAUGACCAAUGACGACGAAGACGCUUUUUGGCUCGCCCAAGUCCACUUUGCUACCGGCAAUUAUACUCGCGCGCACGCCUUCCUCGCCAAGCAGGACCUCAUCAACCGAAACGCGUCGUGCCGAUACCUCGCUGGACACUGUCUCAUCAAGCAGUCGCGGUUCGAAGAAGCCCUGGCGGUCCUCGGCGAGCGGAACCCGACGCACCUCAUCGCCAACGGGCAGAGCAACAAGCGUAAGUCGCAGCAGCGGAGCACGCGCAAGCGCGACGAGGCGGCCGCGCAGGCCGACGAGGUCGAGGAGGCCAAGACGCGGCGCUUCGAGGCGGCCAUGUGCUUCUUGCGCGGCAUCUGCUACGCCAAGCAAAACGCCUUUGACCGCGCCAAGGAGUGCUACAAGGACGCGGUGCGCAUCGACGUCCAGUGCUUCGAGGCCUUUCAGCAGCUAAUGAAGAACUCGCUGCUCUCGCCCGACGAGGAGUGGCAGUUUCUCGACAGCCUCAACUUUGACGCCAUACAGACGGAGCCUGACGUCUCAGCCUCGCAGGAGGCGGCUGAGUUCACAAAGAUGCUGUACACGACACGGCUGUCCAAGUAUAGAAAUCCAACCAUUUUUCAAACGGCGUACGAUUCGCUCUCGACACACUACAAGCUGGGCGAGAAUCCAGACCUGCAGCUCGCCCGCGCGGACCAAUUGUACACGCAGUGUCGCUAUGGUGAGGCCCUCGAGGUGACCAAGGCGGUGAUUGAGAACGACAAGUACAACUUUAACAUAUACCCCGUGCACCUGGCGUGCCUCUUUGAGCUCAAGAAGAAGAAUGAGCUGUUUCUGGUGGCUCACGAUCUGGCAGAUACGCAUCCCGAGGAGCCGUGCACUUGGCUGGCGGUGGGCAUCUACUAUUUUGCGAUUGACAAGGUUGCGGAAGCACGGCGUUAUUUCAGCAAGGCGAGCAUGAUGGAUGCGCAUUUUGGCCCAGCAUGGAUCGGGUUUGCACACACCUUUGCCGCCGAAGGCGAGCACGACCAGGCCAUCUCUGCCUACUCGACGGCAGCGCGACUGUUUAUGGGCACACAUCUACCGCAAGUGUUUUUGGGCAUGCAAAACCAUGCUCUGAACAACAUGUCGUUGGCGGAGGAAUUCCUCAAGACGGCCUAUGGGCUGUGCAAAAAUGAUCCUUUACUACUCAACGAACUGGGCAUUGUCAGAUAUCACCAAGAUCGACCCAAGGAUGCCGUACAAUUCUUCCGGGCAGCUCUCGAAAUAGCAGGAGACAACGGAAGCGAGCCGGCAGCCUGGAUCGCGGCUAGAACAAACCUGGCACACUCGUAUCGACGCUUGCGACACUUUAAAGACGCACUCGAGCAGUUUGACGAGGUGCUGCGCAUGGGUGGCAAAGAUGCAGCCAUUUUUAGCGCCAAAGGCUUGAUCCUGCUGGAGCUGAACCGACCACAAGACGCGGUCGUGGUGCUGCACGAAGCGCUCGCCAUCAACCCGCAAGACAGUAUCGCUACCGAGCUUCUCAACAAGGCACUGGACGAGUCCAUGGUCGAAGACGCCGAGGAGGAGGAGGACGAAGGAAUGCUCUAUUUGGAGCAGCAGCUGGAGCAGCGCAAGGCCUCGGCCUCGGAUAAGAUCAAUGGCCGGCGGACAGGCCGCAAUAUGAUGGACAAGGGCAAGGGUCGCGCAUUUGGCAACAGGCGCAGGACACUGCUAGAGGACGAUGACGACGACGAUGGGGAUGCGGGUGUAAGCAUGAUGGACAUGACGGAUGAUGAAUAG